UGGGGAGCGGCUGGCCCUCCCUUCGGCCUGGCUUGGCUGCAGUCACUGUGAGGGCGGCUGAGAGGCAGCGCGCUCCGUGACGAUGCGGCUUUUGCUUCUUCUCUUGAUGGCGGCUUCGGCGAUGGUCCGAAGCGACGCCUCGACCAAUCUGGGCGGCGUGCCGGGCAAGAGGCUAAAAAUGCAGUACGCCACGGGCCCGCUGCUCAAGUUCCAGAUCUGUGUUUCCUGAGGUUAUAGGCGGGUGUUUGAGGAGUACAUGCGGGUUAUUAGCCAGCGGUACCCAGACAUCCGCAUUGAAGGAGAGAAUUACCUCCCUCAACCAAUAUACAGACACAUAGCCUCUUUCCUGUCAGUCUUCAAACUAGUAUUAAUAGGCUUAAUAAUUGUGGGCAAGGAUCCAUUUGCUUUCUUUGGCAUGCAAGCUCCUAGCAUCUGGCAGUGGGGCCAAGAAAAUAAGGUCUAUGCAUGUAUGAUGGUUUUCUUCUUGAGCAACAUGAUUGAGAACCAGUGUAUGUCAACAGGUGCAUUUGAGAUAACCUUGAAUGAUGUACCUGUGUGGUCUAAGCUGGAAUCUGGUCACCUUCCAUCCAUGCAACAGCUCGUUCAAAUUCUUGACAAUGAAAUGAAGCUCAAUGUGCAUAUGGAUUCAAUCCCACACCAUCGAUCAUAGCCCACCUAUCAGCACUGAAAACUCUUUUACAUUAAGGGAUUUUUGCAAGAGCAGCGUGACUGACAUUAUGAAGGCCUGUACUGAAGACAGCAAGCUGUUAGUACAGACCAGAUGCUUUCUUGGCAGGCUCGUUGCACCUCUUGGAAAACCUCAAUGCAAGACAGUUUUUCAGUGCUGGCACAUUUUGGAUUCUGCACAUUCGUGGAGUGCAAUAAUACUGUAUAGUUUUUUUUUUUCUUUCCCCAAAUCCACCCAGUUAAUAGUUUGUUCUUUUUGUUUUUUUUAGUAGGCGUAAUUACUUGUACCUUUUUUUUUCUUAGUCAUAUUUGAAAAAGUAGAAAUUUGAGUUACAAUUUGCUUUGACGAUGUCUGUUUAAAUUUGUUGUGGUUUUAUAUAAAUUUUCCUUUUUAUAGUUUAAAAUCAGUCUCUUUGGGAAUAUUAUCUAAAGUUCCCAAACACUUUCUAAGAGCUUAUCAGACAUCUCUACUUUGUCCUGUCUAAUUUAUAUAGUUUUCAAAAUACUACAGAUUGUGAACAGUGCAUUCUACAAGAUUAUUGGGGGGGGAAUCCUAUAUCCAGAGUACUCUACCAAUUGUGUGUAUGUGUGUGUGCGAGUAUGAUUACCAGAGAACUACUAAAAGACCAACUGCUUUUUAAAUUCUAUUGUGUAGUUUAAGUGUCUUGCCUUGACCAGUCUAAUGAUUAACUGGGCCUUUAUACUUAAUAAAAAAGAAAAAAAACUAAACAGAUGUAAGUUAAAUAAAAAAAUUGAAUUAUU